AUGUCUGUCCGUCGCUUCGUGAAUAAGUUGGCGGUCGACAGCGAGCCUGGUUUAACCAAUGCUCAGCUGAUGUUGACAAAUGACGAUUUGCGACCGGUCCCGCCCGAACGCAGAAAAUGGGACUGGUGGAAUUUCGUCGCUUUCUGGAUUGCUGAUUCCGCCAAUAUCAACACAUGGAUGAUUGCCUCGUCCUUUAUCCAGAACCAAACAAACCCGAGUCUCGUGGCUUUAUCCUGGUGGCAGGCUUGGAUUUGCGUUUGGAUCGGUUACUCCAUCUCCGCCAUCCUGAUCGUUGCUACUGGUCGCAUUGGUGCUCAAUAUCAUAUCUCGUUCCCUGUGGCCUCGAGAGCCUCGUUCGGCAUUUGGGGUUCGUUAUGGCCGAUUUUUAAUCGUGCUGCGAUGGCUUGUGUGUGGUAUGGUGUUCAGGCAUGGAUUGGAGGUCAAUGCGUCACUGUCAUGAUUGAAGCUAUCUGGCCUAGCUACGCCAGAAUCCCCGACCACCUGCAGGGUUCUGGCACCACUACCAAAGACUUUGUCAGUUUCUUCCUCUUCUGGCUCUGCAGUUUGCCCGCCAUCUGGUUCCCAGUUCACCAGAUUCGUCAUUUGUUCACGAUCAAGUCAAUUUACACCCCGAUUGCUAUGAUUGCGUUCUUCGCCUGGGCCAUUCACCGUGCGCAUGGCAUCGGCCCUAUUAUUCACCAGCCCACUGCCUUACAUGGAAGUGCGCUCGCCUGGGCCAUUGUGAAGGGCAUCAUGUCCUCUAUUGCCAACUUUGCCACUUUGAUUGUCAACGACCCCGAUUUCUCCCGUUUCUCCAAGAAAAAGACGAGUUCAUUAUGGUCUCAACUGUUUGCCAUCCCUAUUGGAUUCGCAAUCACAUCUUUCAUCGGAAUUAUUGCCUCGUCUUCGUCGACCGUCAUCUACGGCGAAACUAUCUGGAGUCCACUUACUUUACUGCAAAGAUUCCUCGAGGGAGCCAGCUCCGGUGAACGUUUUGGCAUCUUUGUCAUCGCUCUCGGAUUCGCACUCGCCCAACUCGGAACGAAUAUUGCAGCCAACUCCGUCUCUGCCGGUACUGACAUGACCGCGCUUCUCCCCCGAUUCAUCAACAUUCGUCGCGGAGGCUACAUCUGUGCCGCCGUCGGCUUGGCCAUGUGUCCCUGGAAACUGUUGUCCACCUCAAACAACUUCACAACUUACUUAUCUGCUUAUACCGUGUUCCUCUCCUCAAUCGCCGCGGUCAUUAUUACGGAUUACUACUUUGUGCGCAAGGGAUACCUUGAGCUCCGCGAGUUGUACAGUGCCCGUAAGCAUUCGCCAUAUUACUUCACAUUUGGAUUUUCAUGGCGGGGAUUCUGCGCUUAUAUCUCCGGUAUUUUGAUCAACAUUGUCGGCUUCGCAGGAGCUGUGGGCGCAAAAGUGCCUAUUGGCGCACAGUACAUUUACAACGUCAACUAUUUCGCGGGAUUCAUUGUAUCCGGUACCAUUUACUAUCUGCUAUGCUGGGCCUUCCCCAUCCCCGCCACAAGCGAUACAUGGAACGAGGUCGAUGUGGAUGUUGAUCAUCUCACGGUGGCAUAUGGACAGGAAGUGGGAACCGAUGAGGAGUCGAGAAGUAUCCCCGAAGAGGAUACUCUAGCAUAUAACAAGAAGGAUAAGAGUCAGGGCUACUCGACUUUUUGA